AUGCACAAUAUCAGACCAUCAGACCUUCAAUCCUUCGUCACCAACAUCCUCAUCGCAAACAACACAUCUCCCGAAAACGCCGCCAUAGUCGCAAAAUGUCUAGUCGCAGCCGACCUCCGCGGCGUAGACACCCACGGCUCCAACCGAAUCCCCUCCUACAUGGAGCGCAUUCGCCAAAAAGCCCUCGACCCAACAGCCACCCCAACCCUGCGACAAAUCACCCCCGUGGCCGCGCAAAUCGACGCCCACAAUGGGUUCGGCUUUGUCGCCGCGCACGCGGGCAUGGCGCGCGCCAUUGAAAUGGCCCAGACGUACGGUAUGGGCAUGGUAUCCGUCAAGCACUCGAAUCAUUUUGGUAUGUCGGCUUGGCUGGUGAAGCAGGCGCUCGAGGCGGGCAUGAUGAGUUUGGUAUUUACCAAUUCUUCGCCUGCGUUGCCGGUUUGGGGUGGGAAGGAGAAGUUGAUGGGUGUUUCGCCUAUUGCGUGUGGUGCUCCCGGUGGGGAUCCUGCGAAGCCGUUUAUUCUUGAUAUGGCGCCGUCAGUGGCGGCUAGGGGGAAGAUUUAUAAGGCUCUUCGGCGUGGGGAGAAGAUCCCUACUGACUGGGCUCUUGAUAAGGAUGGGAAUCGGACGGAUGAUCCUGCGAAGGCGCUUGAGGGGGUUAUGUUGCCUAUGGGUGGACCGAAGGGGUCGGCGCUGUCUAUUAUGAUGGAUGUCUUUUCUGGUGUGUUCUCCGGGGCUGCGUUUGCUGGACAUGUUACGAAUCCGUAUGAUCCGUCAAAGCCGGCCGAUGUGGGCCAUUUCCUGGUCGCUAUCAAGCCGGAUUUGUUUAUGACCAUGGAGGAGUUUGAAGAGCGGAUGGCGUAUCUCUAUAAGAGAGUGGUCGAGUCAGAGAAAAUGGCGGGAGUGGAUCGAAUUUACUUCCCUGGGGAGAUUGAGAUUCUUACAGAGGAGAAACGCCUCGUGGAAGGAAUCCCCUUUGCUGAAGCAGAGGUGGCAGGCUUGAACAAGGAAGCUGAUCGAGUUGGUGUUGAGCAUUUGAAGGUGAUAAGUUAA